UUUGUUUCAGUCAUUGUGUAUAAUUCUUACAAGUUUUGUAUAUAUUUUACUGCACUCGUUUGUGAAACGGCUAAAGGAAACAUGGGGCUCAUCAAUCGCGUACAAAAUCUGAAUGGGAGUGCUGCUCGUCCCGCGUUGACCAGCGAAUUGGCCUUCAAUAGCGUGGUGCCAUGGAACAAUGAGAUCUCUCCACGCACCCAUCGCCGCCACGGGGAGGCCAUCCAGCCAUGCACCGAUGGGAUGGACUUCAGUGAGACGAUGUUUGAAAGUCUGGGUGCCGUGACUCGCGUUUGCAUUGGCACAGCAACAUUUUGGUGUACUUCUUCACUUUUGCAAUGUCAUAGCCACUAUUUUUAUCGCUAUAUUCGUCCGGUGAACUGCUUUCGCGAGGACAUCGACCUUAUUGCCGUGGGCUUUCGAGCUGCCUACACUUGGAUGAGACGGCAGGGGCGACUGGAUCCAUUGAUGCAACCAGAUAAACUGAUGACGCUCCUGCACACGGCCGUGCAGCUGGAGAUGCCGGCACUAAAAGCGCUGUGCUAUGAACAACUGUGCACCAAUCGCUUCCGCGAGGAGUUCGCCUUUCAGGUUUACCUGAGGGCCUUGAAAUAUCCGCAACUCGAGGAGCUGCGCAAAUUGAUGCUGCAAAGGAUCGGUGCUGCCUUUCUGUCUGUGCUGGGCAGUGAUGAUUUUCUGCGAAUGCCCCUCGAGGAUGUGAUGACCAUGCUGCAGCAGGACGCAUUGGGCGUCAAUUCCGAAUUGGAGGUGCUUGUGGCCAUUACAAGGUGGCUGAGCUGUCAGACUAAGUGCAUUGCAAUGGCGACGCCACUUUUGCUGGGCUGCCUUCGGUUCACUCUCAUACCAAUGGUCAUUCUGGAAAAGUUUUGGCUCUGCGCCAUGACACCACCGGUGCCCGACGAGCCCUUCAUGAACGUUGUUCGUAGCAAUAUCCACAUUCGUGAGAGGAUCAGCUCUGCGAUUACUGUGGCCCAAGUGCAGCAAUUGCACACGCGUCGUCGCGAGUUUUUCGCCUUCUGUCGCUCCAAGGGCUUACUCGUCGAUUUGCCCAGGGAGUGGAUAUACGAUGAGGAGUGCCCUUAUCAUCUGCCGAGGCCUUGUUGUCCCUACACCGAUGUGGCCUGUGCUAAUGUCAUUUCGAAAUACGCGAUAGAAAAGGCUCAGCGGCUAAAGGAAACCGUAAAGCGUUGGCCCCGGCGUGUUUGUACAUACUUGCCGCCCUCCGAUGAUCUACAGACCAUUUAUGAGCUGCGCGAGGACAUGGCUGAUGAGGAGGCGGCGAUGUUCGUAGGGCCUUUGUUGCCAGAAUUGCCCGAUUGGCCACCUCUGCCAGAGGAUGGCGAACGUUACAUUAUUCGCCACUUCCGUGGCAUACGAUUACUGCUGAACGAAAUGGUGGACGAGCAGCAUAGAACUACUGACCGUUGGGAGGAACUGGGCCGACGCAUUCAGAGUCUUGAGCGUGAAGGCGCAGCAAUGCCCGGGGUCAUUACCACCGGUAUGUCGAGACUUGUAUUUCCCACGGCCAUGACUUACGUAGCACAAGAAGCCGCUCAAGAAGAACGCUUUCGCAACAUGGAUUCCGAUUUGCGCACAAAGAACCAGGACACCAUCGAUGCGUAUUUCUUUCUGCAUGUCUGCCGCAUGAAGCUGUUGGUCCCGCCGAAAGCCAUUGUUCCUACCGAGAAUUGGACCACCGAGGAGAAUAUGCGUCCCAUGGAGAGCUAUGAGCUCGAUACCGAGCGAAUGAUCGAAGAUCUACCCUUUUAAAUGCAUAUGUACAUAUAUUUUAUAUAUGAUAUGAGGAUAAUCACACAUCCCCUAACCACCAACAACUCA